CUGGGUCAUCAGGCAUGGGAUUGUCUGGCUCGACAGUGGGCAUCGGGUCACCAGGUAUGACAGCGGGCACUGGGUCACCAGGCAUUGGAUCGUCUGGCCCAACAGCGGGCAUCGGGUCACCAGGCAUGACAGCAGGCACUGGGUCAUCAGGCAUUGGAUCGUCUGGCUCGACAGCGGGCAUCGGGUCACCAGGCAUGACAGCGGGCACUGGGUCAUUCAUCAGGUACCGGAUCGUCUGGAUCGACAGCGGGCAUCGAGUCAACUGGCCUAAUGGAAUCAUCAGGCUGGAUCAGUUCAUCAGGCUGGGUAGAAACAUCAUGCUGGGUAGAGACAUCAGGCUGAAUGGAAGCAUCAGGCUGAAUGGAGGCAUCAGGCUGAAUGGAGGCAUCAGGCUGGGUAGAGGCAUCAGGCUGAAUUGUGGGCGCCGAGGCACCAGGCUGCACCACGGAAGGCAGGUUCUCAGAUGGGAGGCUGACCGGUUUGGAUACUGGCAGGAUGGUAUUGGUUGGAAA